AUGGACGGCAACUAUUACAACCCAAACAUGACUAGGAACUUUGGAUCUGAAGGAAACAAUAAUACGGAGCUGAGGAUUGUGAUGGUGGGGAAGACUGGAAUUGGAAAGAGUGCCACUGGAAACACCAUUCUGGGAAGACAGUGCUUUGAAUCAAAGUUCAGUGCUAAGUCUAUGACUGUAGACUGUUCUAAGGGCAGGGGUGAGGUGUUUGGACAACAGGUUGCUGUAAUCGACACUCCGGGCCUGUUUGACACCAGGUUUGGCAUGGAUAGAACAACUAAAGACCUAACCCAGUGCAUCAGUUACGCUUCUCCUGGACCCCAUGUCUUCCUGGUGGUCAUUAGACUGGGAAGAUACACUGAAGAAGAAAUGAAGACGGUGCAGAAAAUUCAAGAAAUCUUUGGCCAGGCUGCAGACAGAUACAGCAUGGUGCUCUUUACUGGUGGUGAUGAACUAGAUACCACUAUUGAGGAGUUCUUGGGUGAAAGUUCAGACCUGCAGGAACUUGUAUCCAGAUGUAAUAGACAGUAUCAUGUCUUCAAUAAUAAGCUGAAGGAUCGUACUCAGGUCACUGAGCUGCUCCAGAAGAUCAGAAAUAUAGUCCAGAAGAACGGAGGAAGUCACUACACCAACGAGAUGUUCAAAGAGGCUGAGAGGGCAGUUGAGGAGCAGAAACAGCGCAUCCUCAAAGAAAAAGAAGAAGAAAUACGUAGAGAACAAGAGAAACUAGAGAAAAAACUGCAGGAAAAAUAUGAAAAAGAGAUGGAGAAAAUGAAGAAGGAACUCCAGGCUGAGCUAGAGAAGCAGAAGAAAGAGAGAGAGGAGGAAAGGAAGAGGGAGAGGGAGGAGAGGAAGAGGGAGAUGGAGGAGAUGAAGGAGGAGAGGAAGAGGGAGAAGGAGGAGAUGAAAGAGGAGAGAAAGAGGGAGAAGGAGGACAUGAGGGAGGACAGGAAGAGGGAGAGGGAGGAGAUGAUGGAGGAGAGGAAGUGGGAGAGGGAGGAGAAGAAGAGGGAGAGGGAGGAGAUGAUGGAGGAAAUCCAUGAAUAG